AAAUAUAUUCCAGAAAAGGGUUUUUCAAGCUUGCGAGAGAAUGUCAAGGCAAUGAAUGUAGAUCAGAAGAAUAUCACGAAAAAAAAAAAUGAAUCAAAGAUAAAGAUCAAAAAAGGAAUACUACCUGAUGAUCUUGGUUUAGCACUUGAUCAACUCAAGGUUUGGGCUCAUGAUAAUGGGAUUAAAGAAACAUUUGAGAAGGUGUUUACAUUAGUUGAGCUUAAAGCUCUCAUUCAAACCUUUCAAACUGACACCGUAGAGUUAAAGGGAAGAAAAAAAUCAGUAUUU